AUGCAUCGUUACAGAGGACGCCGUCAUAUCUCGGUGAGUAAGAAGUUUGUCCAUGGUGUUGUUCAUUUUUCAUUGAAACAGUUGCGCACUGGCGAUCCGGAAGCUCAAGACCACCCUCGCGAAGUCAUUAUCGACAGUAGCACGUCUCGCCUUGACCUCGACGAGGCGUUUCAUAAUUCUUUCAUCCUCCGAGGGCUGAGUUUUAUUCAGAUGAACGAACGAAUUUCAAUCUUGACGAACAGUCAUACAGCCGCCGAGCGCCCGUGCCACGCCAUCCUCAUCAAGGUGACCACGGACAUGGCAUCGGUAGCUAUGGUGCUCGCCAUGGUGAUUGCGUUCUGCAUUGCCGCUGGCAUAGCUACUGACUUCUUGGCCAAAGACGCGGAGAUAGGGCUCGCUGUUUGUACUGGAGCGGAGGGCAUCUUCGCUCUUAUCCAGGGCUCAUUAGUUGGGGUAGAUGCAAGAUCAAUGAACUCGAAGGCGAACCGCUGA